AGGCAAUCGCGUCCGGUUUUCCAAAGUGUUUUUGCCACGCUCGUUUACGUUUACCGAUAGAAUUGCCAUCGUUUUUUUGGAUAAAGGCCGUACGCUGAACGAUCCGUAUUCUUGCGAUAACCACCGUGCAUAAAAUGGAGGUCGACGCGCAAGAUGAGGGCAACGGCGGAGGGCUUAUCAGACCUGACGACGAAGAGGUGGGAACGGUACCACCACCGGACCAGCUCUCAGAGCUUUACGACUCCCGACAUACAGCGAACAGCUCGCAGUGGGAGCAAACAUUAAAGAAUGUCAUUCCCGCCAUUGUCAGCAUUCGGUUUAUAAGCGUGCGGAACUUUGAUACGGAAUAUCAGCGUGCAUCUCAAGCAAGUGGAUUCAUUGUUGAUAAGACGAGAGGGAUUGUCUUGACCAACCGACAUGUGGUACAACCGGGGCCUAUCUUGGCCGAAGCGAUUUUAAAUGAAUCAAAGGAAGAAAUACAAUUGACUCCGAUAUAUCGUGAUCCGGUCCAUGACUUUGGCUUCUUCCAAUUUGAUGCUUCCACUGUGAAGUACAUGAAGAUCGUCGAGAUUCCGCUGGCACCCGAGCAAGCUCGCGUUGGCAUUGAUAUACGUGUGGUCGGCAACGACUCUGGAGAGAGACUAAGCAUAUUAAGCGGGACAUUAGCGAGACUAGAUCGAAAAGCACCGUACUACGGGGCAGGGAGAUUUAACGAUUGGAACACCUUCUAUUACCAAGCGGCGUCUAUGACGUCGGGAGGCAGCUCCGGAUCACCAGUUAUCAAUGUUGAAGGAAAUGCCAUUGCACUGAAUGCAGGGGGAGCUACUUUGAGCGCUUCAAGCUUCUUCUUACCACUGGAUAGAGUCGUUCGCGUAUUGAAAUUGAUUCAGCAAGGUCAACCAAUUCCUAGAGGAACGGUUCAGACAGUUUUCAAAUUCACUCCGUACGAUGAAGUCAAGCGACUGGGCCUUGAUGCUCCCAAAGAAGCCACUGUGCGUGAUAUGUUCCCUGAGAGCACUGGUAUGCUGACAGUCAGUCAGGUCGUGCCAAAAGGGCCCGCGGAUGGUCGACUGGAGGCGGGCGAUAUUUUACUGAAGGUCAAUGGCCAGUCUCUGAUUUCGUUUGUUCCUCUCGAGGAGAUUUUGGACUCGAGUGUUAAUGAAGAGAUUCAUCUGCUUGUGCAAAGAGGGCUUGAGGUGAAGGACAUUGUGCUACGCGUUCAAGACCUCCAUAGUAUUACCCCGGAUCGGUUUGUCGAAGUCGGUGGAGGGAUCUUGAAUAACCUAUCAUACCAAAUAGCACGAAGUUUUAUGGUGCCCGUUGGAGGUGUAUUCGUUGCUGGUGCUGGCUAUAUGUUGCAUCUGGCUGGAAUACAAAGGAGAUGCGUCAUCACAGCGCUGAACAAUGUCCCUACGCCUACAAUCGACCGGUUUGUUGAGGUCAUGAGCAGCUUGAAGAAUAAUGAGCGAGUCCCGAUCAGACACUAUCACCUGAGCGAUAUCAAUAAGGAGAAGUUGGCCUUGGUACAGGUUGACCGACGCUGGCAUCCCUUUAAUAUGGCGACCCGGAACGACAAAACCGGUGUAUGGGAUUAUGCCCCCCUGCCACCCUGUAUUGGCGAGGCGGUUUUUAAACCCCAUACUGCGUCGCAUAUUAGAUUGGAUGAAAGCUUGGGACCAGCUCGCGCCGUAGUACCUGCACUGGUGCAUGUAGAAUUUCAUCUGCCUUUCCGAAUUGAUGGCGUAAUCCAUCAAGUUCAUAAUGGAAUCGGUUUGGUCAUCGAUUCGACCAAAGGACUUGUCAUUGUGGACAAGCACGCCAUACCGACCUCUGUGGGCGAUAUCUUAUUAACAUUUGCGAACUCGAUCAUCGUCCCAGGACGACUGGUCUACCUUCACCAAGUGUACAACUAUGCUAUCGUUCAAUACGGGGUGGAACUGCUGGGUCAAACGUUUGUCCAGGAAGCCACUAUCUCAAAUAAGCCGCUGAAUCAAGGCGACCCGGUUUUCCUGAUCGCUCUCACAAAAUCCUACCAGCCUAUUGUUCGCAAAACGGUUGUUACAAACGUACGCCAAUUCUACGUUAAUGAACCCAUUCCACCUGCUUAUCGCGCCAUGAACGUUGAGGGGAUCGAACUGGAGAAUCCUGUCUCACAGGGCGGCGUGCUGACUGAUUCGCAAGGGCAUGUCCAGGCGCUAUAUGCAGCAUAUACGAAGCAUGCCGCUAAAAGUCGAAAUGAGUUUUAUUUGGGACUGCCCAUUGAGGUGGCAUUACCUGUCAUUGAGCAGUUGAGGCGUGGCGACAGACCAGUAUUGAAAGGGCUGGAGGUAGAAUUGACGUAUGCGCAAAUUGCUCAUGCGAGAAUACUCGGCUUGAGUGAUGAAUGGGUAAAACGCAUCGAAGGAUCACACCUCAGUCGGCGAAAUGUGUUGGUCGUGCGCCGGUUGACAUCGGGCACGGAUGCGUCCAAAUUGUUGAAAGAAGGCGAUUUGAUCCUUGCUGUGGACGGCCAACCUGCGACCAAGUUUAUGGACAUUAUGGACCACGUCGGACGAGACACACUGGAACUGACCGUACUGCGCGAAGGAAACGAAGCGAAUAUUUCGGUUCCCUUGUCGCUUUUGGACGCUACUGGAACUGAGAGGAUCGUCGGAUGGUCGGGAGCAAUUUUUCAGAUGCCACAUAAGGCUGUUUAUCAGCAAUUAAAGGAUGUGCCGAAUGGGGUUUUAUGCUCGGUUGUAUAUGAUGGGUCACCCUCUCAGCUUUACAAUUUGCAUCCACUCACAUGGGUAACGGAGAUUAACGGCCAAAGUAUCGAUUCAUUGGAUGCCUUCCUGGCAGCAGUCUCGACAAUACCGUCCGGGUCCUUUGCGCGCUUACGAACUGUCACGUUCAACCGCUUUGUCAAGGUCAUCACCAUUCGGACCAACCGACAUUACUUUGGAACAUGGGAAAUCAGGAGAAAUGAGGACGUUACCAUGAGGGUUAAUGGAACUAGUAGAGAGGGAAAUCAGUCUGAAUGGUCUUUUACAAGUUUUAGUUAGAUAUCUUUAAUCAUCAGCAUCAGCAAUAUAUCAUGAUCGCUAAUAGAUAAUGUUGACAAACAGACAAAA